AACAGAGCGUUUACAUUCCGCCACAGCGACUGUCUGAUACUGUAGGAUUCGGUUGCAUUCUUCUGAAAUAUCAUGAAAGUGGGAUAUGACGUCAGGCACAGAUAUCAAGAUGUCGCCAAGAAUGCACUUUUUUAAAGUCACUUGAAAAAAAUCACUAUGAUCGGUGAGCCGUACUUUAUUAUUAUUUUUUUUAAAAUUUAUUUCAUCACGAAUCUGCCUUCGGCAGCUACAAUGAGCAAAAGAAAAAAGAUCAAAAAAAUAAAUAAAACGUUUUUUGCUCGCUAACCGUAAAUAUUUAAAAAGCAUCAAAGAUAUGAAAAAGGCUUCCUGGUUUACGGGGUAAUGAAUUUAUUCGUAUUGAUCACGUUCUCCCGAUCUAUUUCGGUCGUGUCGCUACGACGUAAAAGCAAAAUAUCCUUAUUGGAGGGGCGAUAAGUUAUUUGCUUCUUAUUGAAUUCGCGAAGGAAUUUUCAGGAUUCUUAAAGGGACUCGCGAAUAUUACCCUACGUCAAAUUGCGGAUGUACGUUUUCACGUCAAUUGGCAGCUGAAUGGGGAGAAAUAUUAUCUGCGAAUAUCUUAACUGUACGACAGUAUCGUUUCUGUACUGUCUGUUUCGUCUAACAUAACCUCACUCGUGGCUUUAACCACUACGACUGUCAUACCUCUACCGCGAUAAAAUCCAAUGCGUUAGGUGAAACCGCCUGUAUAAUCGUAAGGUGGCUAUACUGUACAUAGAUAAUCAGUCAGCAAUGACUGCUACGUACAGUGAAUGCAGAAAAGCCAGUGGCUUCGGUAGAAUACAACAAGUGAGUUUCAUAAGGUUGUUACAGUUACUUGAAAAUUCAGAAAUGGCUGACCUACUUGAUAAAGUUGCAUCUAUUCCCAGCAGAGAAUGUGAAAAGGCUCGUCUCUCGCAUCAAGUCGAGAAUCAUCCUGGCGUCCUGGUUUAUCGCAGCCAUCAAUCUGCUCAUCACGGACCACUGAGUUUUCUCGAACAAAUCGAGCUUCGUGAGUUCCCUGAAGGCAAAUACAGGUCGAUCUCGAAGAAAAUGAAAAAAAGCGUAUGGAAAAGAGCGCUAUUGAAAUAACGACUACCGUGGACAUUGUAUCCAGUAAACUGAACGCGGUUUCCUUGAAAUUACUACCGGAUGCUGAGGAAUACAAAAUGGACCACCAGAGACGUGGGGUGGCGUUGAUCUUUAAUCAUAUCCAUUUUACGAAUAUGUCAACGAGAAAUGGUACAGUCAAGGACUGCAAGGAGAUGGAAUUGACGCUGAUGGAUUUGGGCUUUGAAGUCCGUGUCUAUAACGAUCCAAAAAUGUCGACCAUCAAUGCAGUGCUGAAGCAGACCGCCGCAGAGGAUCACAGCGAUGCCGAUUGCCUGGUGGUGGUCGUCAUGUCUCAUGGCGAAUCGGGGAUGCUUCACUCGGGCGACGUUCUUUAUCACGUUGAUACUCUUUGGAAUCCGUUCACAGGAGACGAGUGCACGACGCUCAUCGGCAAGCCGAAGCUUUUCUUCAUUCAGGCCUGCCGUGGAGAGAGACUUGACAAGGGAGUGAAAAUCAUCCAUGAAACUGACAGCUCCACUCCCUCAUACACUAUACCUGCUUACGCUGACAUAUUGGUAGCGUAUUCCACAUAUGAUGGUUUCUACUCCUGGAGAAAUCCCGAUGCUGGCUCCUGGUUCAUCCAAGCGAUUUGCCACGAGUUCAAGCUCAACGGACGUAAACGUGACCUUCUGACAAUUCUGACCUUUGUCAAUCGUCGCGUGGCCGUCGAGUAUCAGUCGUACGUUCCCCAGAAUGCCAAGAUGAACGAGAGGAAGCAGAUACCGUCAGUGGUGACGAUGCUGACGAGACUCCUGUACUUUAGGGACCGGAAAAAUAUGAACUAUGAGGAGAGCGGCGUCAGGACCGUGAAAAAUAAAGUAUCAGGUCGUGAUUCUUUGGGACACGCGGAAGUGGAAUCUUCGUCGUCUUCUGGAGCAGGGAGGAAGCUGUGCGAAGUUCAAUGAACGGAUUACGUCAUCGAUUCGGAGAAUUGGACCAUUGCGAUCUUUAAAUUAGGAAAAAAAAUAAAAAUUUGGUACACAUUUUACGAGAUGAUGGUACGGAAAUUUUGUAUUUUUUUUUUGGUCAUCGUUUCGUUGCGAAUAAAAACGUAAACAGCAAAUUUUAAAUAUACUUUUUUUAUCAGAAAAAUAGGCCAACGUCGUUGUUACCUGAAAUUUUUUACUCGAAAUUGAAUUUUGCAAUUUUCCCUUUUUUUUUCGAUUUCUUUUAUUACAAAUAUCACAUAUCCUCAACACGAGCGUGCGCUAACCAAAUACCCGAAUGUGUACUACAAUUAAAAACUAUUUUCAUGUAACAUCGCAACCGUCCAUUACCUUAAAUACAAAAAAAUAUAUAAAAAAAAAAGCAAGCCUAUAAAUUUCAUAUUUAACAUGUGAAUUGACAGUUCACGUUAACAACGAUUGACCAGGAAUGUUAAAAUUCUGUUGAAUGAUUAAAAUUGAAAUAAUAAAAAUUACCACAGUCCUAUUCAA